CAUUCGAAACAGGUAGAUAGAUUGUCUGGAAUUUUCAUUAUUUUAAUGGUUGUGCGCGUUUUUCUGGACCACCCAGUGCGAAUUCAUAGUGUGCUGCCGUAUAUCAGAUAGAAAAGCGGGUGUCCCAGCUAGUAUAGAAAUGAAAAAUGUCCACUUCUAUGCCAUUCUGGUACUGCUAGGAUCAAUCGCAGUGUCCGACUUAAGCGGCCUGGUCAUCAUCAAUGAAACUGCACAGUUUGAAACCGAGAAGACCAUCCAACUUAGUGCACGCAACGAGUUUGUCCUGACUUAUCCACCAUCAAGUGCGUCCAACCCCUACACAGUGAGAGCCUGGUCAUCAGAUGCCACCAGAGAUCUACCAAUACUGUUGGUUGCGCGACAAGCCCGGCAGGUUUCUUCUUGGACAGUUCCUCAGGUCAUCGAAACUAGUCAUAGUAACAAAUCGAUGCUCUUCUACAACACUUCGAAGACUCUCUGCCAUGAUGACAUGCAAUCCAUCAUAAACUAUGAAGAAUCCAGCUUUUCUGUGGGUCCUCUAGUUCUCACCCAGACCUUUAUUGUGGCCAUCUCCACAUCGUCGCCCACCAACGUCUCAGUCACGAUAAUACUGGAGGAGGAGCGGGACUUUUUCAUGAAACGAGACAUCGACUAUACUGUUAUGGUUUCUCCAUCGCAGUCGAGAUAUAAAUAUUUUGCCUUUGAUGAGAAUUGCACGGAUACGGUUGUGAUCGAGGUGGAUUCUACCGACGAUGUCUGUCUUACCAUUUCGGUGCAGGACAGUGCGUGCCCCGUUAUGGACACGAAUAAGGACAUUAAAUAUGAAGGCACCUAUCAAACGGUUAAUAAGAAAGGGGCCAUUACAAUUGCGAAAAGGAGAUACCCGGCAGGGUUUUUCUUGGUAGUGGUGGCAAAACCCGACGACUACGAAUGCAGCCAGGAAAGUUCCAUUAUUCCGAUGAUUCGGUCCGCCUCAGUAAUGGAAAACACCAUCAUAUCGACCGUUACAUUUAAUAUAAGGGAAAGCAUCAGUACUCAUGACUAUAUUUUAGCCAGCAUGGGUACUUUGACGGUAGUUGCGGCCUUUGGGCUCCUGUUUACGGGAAUUGUGUUCGUUUUCAACCGAUUCGGAACAAUCUCACGCCUGAAGCCUGAAACUUUGGUGAUUAAGGAUUACAUCGAGCCGCUUACCGAUGAAGAAAUCAACAAAAUCAUCCUCUCUAAGGACUUGACGGUGGAUACAUUUGCGAAGUAUCCGAAACGGAUCAGGCAACGAGCUUUCAACUACUUGUCGCACACUGCCAGUAUUGCCCUAUUUUACAGCAUUCCUGUGAUACAAUUGGUCGUAACUUACCAAAGGGUAGUAAAUCUGACUGGAAAUCAGGACGUUUGCUACUACAACUUCUUAUGCGCUCAUCCCGCUUUUGGAUUCAGCGACUUUAAUCACAUUUUCUCCAACGUCGGUUACAUCUUUAUCGGCAUAUUCCUGAUACUGGCCGUACUGGACAGACAGUAUCGAAUAAGAAUCACAAAGGAUAAUGGAAUUCCGGUACAUUAUGGUUUAUUCCACGCUAUGGGUUUGGCUUUGACCAUCGAAGGCAUUCUUUCCGCCUGUUAUCACAUAUGUCCGAGUCAAUCUAACUACCAGUUUGAUACCAGUUUUAUGUAUGUGAUGGCUGUUCUCAUAAUGGUAAAACUGUAUCAAAAUAGACAUCCAGAUAUCAACGCAACCGCCUACUCUACAUUCAGUGUGGUUGGAAUAGCAAUUUUUAUUGCCAUGGUAGGAAUACUCGAUGGAACCCUAUUCAUCUGGGUGGUUUUCCUCAUAGGAUACGCAGCCUUAAUCAUAAUCCUUUCCUUGAAAAUUUACUAUUUGAAUUUUGUACUUUAUGGAUUCAACCAAUUCCAGACCAGUUAUCAAGCUUCAGGGCUUUGUAAGGAGAUUUUCGUGCCUCUGCGUAAAGCUCGAUUUGCUUUGGUCUGCACGGCAAAUCUUACCAAUUUCGCCAUUCUCGGCGUGGGAUUGUAUGUUUAUAUCGACAAUGUUACCGAUUUUGGGACGUUUUUAUUGGGUCUGUUAAUGGCCAAUACCGUACUUCACAUUACCUACUAUACGCUGAUGAAGAUCACCCACAAUGAAAGGAUUUGCAAGGAAUCGUUGUUUUUCGGCAUUUUGAGUAUGGCUUUUUGGGUGGCUGCAGGCAUUUUUUUCUUGGACGCUGCCACCUUAUGGACAGUAACACCGGCGGAAUCGAGACAGUGGAACCAAGGAUGUGUUUUGCUCGGUUUUUAUGAUAAGCACGAUGUUUGGCACCUUCUCAGUGCUCCAGCUUUGUACUUUACAUUCCUAUAUCUUAUGUACUUGGACGACGAUAUAUGUGAUAGACAACAGAAGGACAUUCCAGUGUUUUAGAGCCUAUUUUUGUAUUAUUUUUUUAUAUGGAUAUAAAGAAAAUCUUAAAAAA